AUGGAUCCAGAAUCAGAAGACCAGGAAGGCCGCUCUAUAGACUAUGGGUUGCCUCCAGAUAUUGUUCUGGCUACCUUACCCUAUUUAGAAUCACAGGACAUCAAGAAUCUUUCGCUCACGAAUAGAUACUUUUACAAAUUAUUAGAUUAUGAACAGUCGAAUACUUUAUGGCAUGAGUUGUAUCGUAAAGCAUAUGGUUAUACGUAUACCAAUGAUGAGCCUUUUAUUUCUAAGUGUACGGACGGUUACAAUACAUGUUCUGAGAGGAUUUUGGUGAAUAAGUUUCCUGAUCUGACAUGGGCAGAACGGUAUAAAUUAAGGUCAGAGAAUACUUCAUUGUACACCUGGGGAAGUUUGCAGCACGCCCGGUUGGGUUAUACGUACAAUUCUAAUCCUGCUAUUGGGGGGCAUGUUAGCAGCACUAAUAGGCUUAGAAUACGUUCCGGGGUGAACAGACCCACGCCAGUUCCGUGGUUUGUUGACGCUAAGCAAAGUGGUAGUCCAAGUGGUGAAGCCCAGGGCAGAGAGAAGGAUCCAAAUGAUGAGGUAUCAGGACGUGGAGAUAGAAUCAUUGUUCAAAUAUCUGCGGGUGGCUUCUCGUUUCAGUUGUUAACAAAGUCCGGAAAAUUGUUUUCCACGGGGAUGACAUACAGUGGAGGACAUAAAGGGCCAGGUCCCGUCACUGGGGAACGUGACUAUAAUACAUUCCAAGAGAUUGCUUCUCUAAUAGAGAGAAACCACACUCUCCAGAACACGGAAUCGUUGGCUACAGUUCAAGUAUAUGAUAAUACAACCGGUAACAUGCGGAUUAUUCCAAGACCACAUCAGAACAUUUAUCAAUUAUUUACCGAGCUAGAAUCUCAGACUGAACAGUUCGUUACCGGUAAUCAACAGAUUAGGCGUAUGAUUCCCAGAGAUGUAUUCGACUUUUAUAAAGAUAAUACUGAUCUCUCUGUGGAUAGGAAUGCCUUUGAUAAGGUUAAGUUUGUCUCUGUUUCUUCUGGUAGAUCCCACUUUUUGGCCUUAGAUGACAAAAAUGAGAUAUAUUCUUGGGACAGUCCAGAGAUGAAUCAUGGCGUGAGAAUUUUGUUUGAAGGGUUACCCAGUCGUAAGACUAACCCAAUUUUAAAAAUUGGCUGCGGUUGGGAUUUCAAUUGUGUUUACAUUUAUGGUAUAGGCCUGGUAGUCUGGAGCUCCAGGUCUUCACUAGCCAGAGGUGAUUUGGCUGCCAAAGCAAACUAUAAAAUUAUCCCAGACACUGCGGAUAUCAAUGGUAGCAAUAGAAUUCUUGAUUUCGCUUGCUGCUCUGAGAAUACUGUUUUUUACAUCCCUAAAGAAGGUGACAAGUUAUGGCUAUACAGCCAUGAGUUAUCUAAGUACGUGGAUUUAACUUUAGACGGAAAAAUAUACAAAAUCGAAGCCUCUUACAUGACUUUGGCCUUGUUCACGGAACAAAGUACGUACACUGUAACAGUUUCUAAUGGCGAAGUUGUUCAUCGGUCUUUAACUAAGAUAAACCUAGCUGCUGGUCAGAAAUUUAUAACUUUUUCCGCUGGCGACUAUCAUAACAUUGCACUCACAGACCAAGGAGAACUUUACUCUUGGGGACUUGAAAGCGAUUUGUGUGGUUGUUUGGGUCUGGGAGAUGCAGAAGAGGCUACUGAGGUUCAGCGGGUAGCUGUAUAUGAAACGGCGCGCAGCAUUCGUGCACUGCAGCCUGUUAAGGUAGAACUCCCUCCGGAUUCUAUAUGCGUAGCUAUUGCCGCUGGUGGGUGGCACUCUGGAGCAUUGAUGCUCAAGAAAGAUGCGUAA